AGAGCCAACGCCAAACUUUUUGCGCAGCUCCCACGGAGAAAUCGCGCCCCCGGCCCGCCAUGGCGGACGAAGUCGACUUCACCACGGGCGAUGCAGGGGCUUCCAGCACCUACCCCAUGCAGUGUUCGGCGCUGCGCAAAAACGGAUUCGUGGUGCUCAAAGGACGGCCGUGCAAAAUAGUGGAGAUGUCCACGUCCAAAACUGGGAAGCACGGCCAUGCCAAGGUUCACCUUGUUGGAAUUGAUAUUUUCACGGGCAAAAAAUACGAAGAUAUUUGCCCUUCUACUCACAACAUGGAUGUUCCAAAUAUUAAGAGAAAUGAUUAUCAACUGAUAUGCAUUCAGGAUGGUUACCUUUCCCUGCUAACAGAAACUGGUGAAGUUCGUGAGGAUCUCAAACUCCCAGAAGGUGAACUAGGCAAAGAGAUAGAAGGAAAAUACAAUGCAGGUGAAGAUGUACAGGUGUCUGUCAUGUGUGCCAUGAGUGAAGAAUAUGCCGUAGCCAUAAAACCAUGCAAAUAAAUGGGAACACCAAGCAUGAGCAAACUGUUGAGGUCUGGGCCAACUGCAGACCUAAAGUCGGUUCCAAGUUAUCACCAAAGCUAUAGCCUUCAUAAGCAACCUCAUUUUCUUUUUUAAUUGUUUGAAAAAAAUUGUGCUGGGUUAGUUUUGUAGGCAAUGGGUAAUUUUUAAAAUUAUUAAAGUAUAUAGCUUUUUUUUUAUUUUGUAAAUGUUUUUCCUGUAACGUUCCUCUGAUUUUCAGUAUGUGAGUCUAAGAAACAGACAAGAUAGCUUCAGCAGAUGUGAUUUGUCAGAGCAAAUCAUUCCUGAAUCUUAGUUAAAUGAUAAACCAGGGUUUAAAGUCAAACAAUGUAGCAUAAAGUGGUAUUGAAGUACCAUAUUCAAGUUGAGUUGCUCUGGGUUAAUUUCAGGUUUAAUAUAGAAUAUAUAGAUUAUGGAUUAGAAUUGUUACAAUAUCGCCCUGUGUGUGGCAAAUACAGAUCCUUAAACAAAAAUCGUGUUAUCAGAAAGUGUCAGUUAUCUUGGUGGCCGUGUGCAAACGCGUUCUGCUUUUUUCUGGUCGUUCUGCUUUUUUGCCAGAUUGUUGGCAAUGUAAUCUUACAUGGUGAUUUUAGUACCUUUUUGUGGUGGGCAGAGGGGUAUUGAACCGUUGGGUGAAAAAUGAGCAAGUUGGAUUGCAAACAAGGCACAGAGACAGUGGCAGAGGGGAUUGACUAAAGUUGCAGGUUUUUAUUUGAGGCCUUGGUAGUCAGCAUAACAACAGUGACUCUAAGCUGUGCUUUUGUUUCUAACUUUUGCUCCUCUCACCUCCCUUAGUAUCCUUUACAGGAUACUACGCAGUGCUUUUUUUCCCCCCCCAACCAUGUUGAAUACAUUUUGGCAGUAAACCCUCCUUCUUAAUCAUUUCUCAGUAGAUUAUUUUGACAUUAAAAUCUUCUUUAGACAAAAACUGAUAAUUCUUCAAAUUGAUUUGGACUUUUUGCUAAAUGUAUGUUCAUUUUUUUCUAAAGUGAAGUGAAAGUGACUCAUGGAAGAAGUGUUACUUUAUAUGAAUAUUAUUUAACUUAUUUUAAGUAUUUUUUUUCUGGUUGUCAUAUGACAAUUCAGUUAUUGUAUGAGAUAUAACUAGGAAAGAAUUCUCUAAACUAAAUUAUUUAAAAAUUAUUUUAAGUGAUACCACUGUAUUACUACUUAAUUUUUUGAGUCAUAUGUGUAUUAUUUCCAGAAUUUUAGACAUUGUUACAGGGUUUGUGACUAACUUUGGCUCAAUAAUAAUCUUUAUAUGAGGUAUUGGAGUGAAACUUAGAACAAAAUCACUAUCUCAAUAAUACCUUGAUUCUCUAAGUCUUGUUUUUAGAUUUCUCCCAUCAUGCCUUGAUCUCUGAAUGGUCUUUGUUCCUGUUAUCUGUAUGAUGAGGAAAAUAUAUAUGAUGAUUGUAACUGAUCUAAGCAGUGACUGGAGGUAGCAUUAGGAACAAAAGAUCCCAAGUUUUAGUUGCUUAAUUUGUACACACAUCAAUCUUCUCUUGGCCUCAGUAAACCCAUUGGAAGAAGAAGCAACAUACUUUAAGAGAAGUGCAAAGAGGAAAUUUCUAAAGCACAAGAAUUGUUUUAGUAUAACAUUCUAGCUUUUGCCCAUGUAAAGCACAAUUAGGAAUUAGGCUAAAUUCUUUCCAGUUUUCUGUUAAGUAUCUGCUCCAUACUAUUCUAGCUCUGUAAACACGUAUCUUACUUGCCGCUGGUUGUCAUUGUUACCCACAGGAAUUCCAGAAAUUUAUUAAUCUGUGCUGCUUGCUGGCCAUUCAUAUGGCCCCUGUUAGCCAUAGUAGUGUUCUGAUUUAGUAUUAACUCUGAAUAGCAUGCUCUUGGUCUUCCCAACUUGUCAAACUUCAUAUAAAUAUAUUUCUAAUUGUGACAUAAGGGGAUACAAAUUAUAAUAAUGCAUCUCUAUCUUCACACCUUAAAUGAUGAAAGCUAUUUAUGCAUAAAUCUUUUAAGUACUAUAUGAAGUGUAAAUACUCUUCUGACGUCUAAGUAUAAAUUUUAAAGAUAGGGGACUGUUUAUUUUCACAUAAGUCAAUAGAUGUUUCUCUAGAACAAAAUAUUUCAUUUACUGAAGCUUUAUAAAUUACAUUAAAAGGAAGCAGAUAACAUGUAUUUUUUAACAUAGAAGUGACUUCAUUCUUUGUAGACAUCAGAGAAAUGUUAAAAAGUUGAUUCCUACUAUUUGUUGUACUUUUUUGUAGCAAAUGUGAAAUAUCACAGAGUUGCCAUGUAUAGAAUGUGGACUGUCAUGCUGAUAGAUUAUAUAAUGAUAAACCAUUUUUGUCUGUAUACAUUUCACCAAUUUAUAUUAAUAGUUUGAAUAUUUUUUUAGAACAAUGUAUUUUAUUUCUAUUGUGAAGACUUUGUUAUACCUUAUCUGCUACAAAGUUGUAUACUCUCUGACAUAGAUCAUAUCAUUGCUACUUUGACUUAGCAUUUCCAUCAUAAACAUAAUGUAUGUUUCUUUCAUGCUUCCCUCCAAGGGCUGUCCAUCACUCGUAAGAAACUGUUGAAACCAAGUUCUUGACUCUGUUUCCUUUAAUGUUACAUGCCUCUGUACUGAUGCUUUAUAUUAAUUACCAAAACUCUCCCGCCGUCAGAGCAUGAUACCAAUAAUGGAAGAUGCUGCAAUAAAACGUUUAGACUGUAAAAUUUGAAGGCAAUUUUCCAUCACAACACAACGUGGGUAUGUGCUCAUGCACUUACAGUUUUUUAUGUUUAUUUUCCCAAAGUCCUUCCAGCUCUUAAAAGUACUGUAGUACGGUAGUGCCUCAAAUGAUGGUAACUGUUGUUUGUUUUAAUUUGCAACUUUUCCAGAACUUGUUUUUGUAUUUUAAGAUUUUACAAUUAGAUUAUUUAUAGUUGAACUGUAUUUUGAAUGCAUUGUUCUCAGGGCUGUUUGUGCUAAGAGCUGAAAUGCCAUUAUUUUAAAGCUAAUGCCUGAAAGUAUAUUGCAGAAUUUUCCCAAAUUGUAAUAUUAUAAUACAUACAUAUAAAAAAUCCUUAAUGUAAACUUAUUUAAACUACAUGCUAAGAAGUAAAAAUAUAUAUGGAAACAUUAGUAGCAUCUGUACUGGAAUCUUGUCAUAUUCUUUCAUUUUAGAAUAGAAUUUAGCAGUCUCAUCUUAGAACCCUAUCCUUAGGAUAUAUCUGAAAGCAUUCCUUUGGUAUGGACCCCAAAGAUAGUUUUAGAGUCAGAAAUUGAAGUAGUGGUUCUUCAAACAUAUUUAGGGAUAACAUCAGAAAUACAUAAUGCUCUUUUGAAUACAUUCAAAUUUUUACAUAUUGAAUCCUAUAAUAAAAACUAGGAAUACAUAUAGUAUGAGAAGAUGUGGCCCUUAAGCAGUAUAAGAGCAAAAAUAUAAGCCUAUUUCCAUAAACAGUAUAUUGUACUGAAAUAGUUUCCAUUUUCUAAUGUCAUUUAGGCAUAAUAUUUCAUAGUUUUCAAGCCCUUUUCCUGCUAGCAUCCAGACAAGCAAAGAUUUUAAAACUUAUGGUAGAAAAUCUUAAAUUGAGAAAAUUCAGUCUCUUUAUUAAAUUUUUUCCCUCUGAAUUAGGUAUAUGGCAUCAUUAUUUGAUUUUAGCAGGGAAUAUUUGGAUUUAUUGUAGAACACAGAUGUUCUGUGGGAACAUGGCUUGAAGCAAAUACAUAAUUUAGUGUUCUUCCAUUAAAUAAACAGCCAAAUGCCAACUUAACUACCAAGUGAGGUCAAGUGCCUGAAAAGUGCCGUAUACAUCUCAUAAGACGUUUUCUUUAUGAAAGAUGCAUCUUGUAGCAAUGCAUAUCAGGCUUUCACUCUGACAGAACAAGACUUGUUGCCAAAUUUUGCCAUCUAGUGUUAUGCCCUUCCUUAGGUCAGGUAGAAACCCAUUUUACAAUAAAAAGCGAGAUUCUUUUAUUUAUAUGAAGUCCCUAAAACUAUUUAUUGGUAGACUUGUUUAUCUUAGUUCAAAACUGCACUUUAAAAACAAAACUAAACUAUUUUCAGCAACGACUGAACAGUUUGUCAUAAAUUGUAGUUGUCUUUCUUGAUAUGAACUCUUUAUGUGGCUGUAUCUAUAGGCACUCUUGUGCUUUUCAUAAAGUAUACAAAUUACAAGUUCUAUAAUUAUGUACUUUUGUCCUCCCCCAAAAUGGAAAUAGUUGAAACGACAUUGUAUAAUCUAGUGGCACUUUAUUAGUAAUACAUUUUGUCUUGGAUACAGGAAAACUCUUGCUUUUACCUUCAGAAACACGAAUGUCUUAGCUAAAACUUUAAGUUUUUAAGAUAUGUAGUAUGGGAAUUAUUGUGCAUUUUAUGUUUCAAAAAUGGUUAAAAUGCAAAUGUUAAGUCUUUGGCUGUACUGUACUAAAAAAAACCCUUUAAAUGCAGAUAAUAAACAUCAAUUAUAACUUUUUGUUACAUUAAAGUAUAUUUGUUAACUUCGUCAGUUAUGGCAAAUAAAAAAGUUAACAGCUUGCA